AUGGUAACAACAGCAGUUGACAUCCAGACAACUCCCACUGUAACGACAGCAACAUGGGCUACAAUUAGGCCCAAGCUCAUCGCAAGGCCGUUCGACGCGGACAAACCCGCGCUAUGGUUCGCGCAGCUGGAGACACAGUUCGCUGACCUGGGAUACGUCACCGAGUCAGAUAAGUACAACAAAACGGUACCACUGAUCGACACUGCUUACGCCACAGAAGUCGAACAUUUAAUUGUUUCCAGACCUGUAACAAAUCCAUACCAAACAUUAAAAAACGAACUAAUCAGAUGUUUCACAAAAUCCAGGACUGCGAACAUCAUCCAAUUGCUUGACAGGGAGAGCAUUGGGGAUCGAACUCCGUCGAAGCACCUGAGACAUUUAAAAAGUCUUGUUCCAGGCAUUGACGACGAGGUCCUGAAAACGCGCUGGUUGUCUCAUCUCCCCGAGCAGACGGGAGCUACACUCGCCACCCAGGAGAACGCUUCCAUUGAUGAUCUCGCGAAGCUAGCAGACAGGGUGCACGAGGUAUUCAACCCGAACAUCGUCGCAGCAAUUACCAGCUCGCCAGCCAACGCAGUCAACACGGCGCUCCUCGAGCAAAUUAAGCAGCUGACGGCGGCCGUUGCCGCCAUGCAAACGCGCGACCCACGGUCUCGUUCACGAACACGUCCAGACGGCUCACAGGGUCAGCGCAGCCACUCGCGCCUACCCCCCAGCUCGAGGAAAGUAUCAAAGAAUUUUGACAUCUGCUGGACGACUGGGACCCAAUACCUAGUGGACACAGGCUCAGACGUCUCUGUUACGCCUUGCAGGCGGCCACCAAGCAAAAGGGAGACCAGUGGCUAUAAACUCUUCGCGGCCAAUGGCACCCCCAUCGACACGUACGACUACGUGUCCAUCUCGCCAGAUCUCGGUCUCCGCAGAGAUUUCACAUGGCGAUUCAUCGAAGCAGACGUCAGUAGAUGUGUGGGACGGGUUCUGGCCCAACCAUUUUUGGGAAGG